CCGCUUCAGGAAGGGCUACUGCGCAUGCGUAAAUCUAGUGACUCGCAGUUCCUUAGGCGAGUCACUAAAUUUAGGAGUAAAAAGUGGUUAUCGCAGGAAGUUAUGAGUGAUUCGGGAAAUAUUAAAGACUCUGCCUGCAUAAGAAUUCAGAUUUUAAGAUAGGAGAGUGACGGAGUGCAGAGUUCAUUCAGAACGGAAGUGAGAGGGCUGGCACUCUGCAGGCGGAGUGAGACAGGCAAGUGUGACACUGCAAAGACGCGAAUUUAUUCGUUCUGCCUUUUUAGGCCUUUGGCUUCUCACCACAACAGUCAGUCAUGACUGAGUCCCAGGGAUCAGUGUCAUUUGAGGAUGUGUCUGUGGACUUCACUCAGGAAGAAUGGAAUCAACUGGACCCUAUUCAGAGGAGCCUAUACAGAGAUGUGAUGCUAGAGAAUUAUAGCCAUUUUGUCUCUCUGGGGUAUCCUAUUACCAAACCAGAAGUGAUCACCUCUUUAGAACAAGGAGUCCUUGGGCUCAUAAAGAGAGAAAUCCCAAGUUCAAGUUGUACAGAAGAUGGUCAAGCUGAAUACAACCUAGCAUGGCAUCAGAAAAAGCAAAAUAUGCACCUGGAACAGGCUAUAUCCAUUAUUGAGAAAAAUGUGACUGAAGAAAGAAGUUAUGAAUGUGAUGGACUUGUAAGCCCACUUCCUCAGAACACAUGGGUAGUUUCUUCAAGACCCAUACCCUAUAUGAAUAACUCAUUUGGGGAAAGUAUUAAAGAUAAUUUAGGUUUACUUAAUCCUAGUAAUCUGAGCUUUGUAGCCCGGGAAUGUUAUGAAUGUAAUAGAUGUAGGAAAUUAUUAAUUCUUAACAGACAUGAGAUAAGUGAUGGAAUGAAGUCCCGUGAUCAUAUUAUGUAUGGAAAAGAGCAUAUUUAUAACUUUGUUCAGCCUGACUUGAUUCAACUUAGAGACAAAACCUAUGAAUGUCCUGAGUGUAGAAUAACCCUCAGCCCAAGUUCAUUCCUUGUUGUUCAUCAAAUCACUCACAUAGGAGAAAAGUCUUAUGAAUGGGUAAGAUGCAGAGAAGCAUUCAACAACACAGCACACCUCAGUCUACAUCAAACAAUGCACACAGGAGACAAGCUUUUUGAAUGUAAUGAAUGUGGCAAGUCCUUCAGAGAGGAGUCAACACUGCAUAUACAUCAAAGAACACAUACAGGUGAAAAACCAUAUAUAUGCAAUGAGUGUGGCAGUGCUUUUCAAGAAAAGACAAAUCUUAUCAUACAUCGGAGAACUCACAAAGGAGAGAAGCCCUAUAAAUGUACAGAUUGUGAAAAAACCUUCAACCAAAAGGCACAUCUGAAUGUACAUCAGAGAACACACACAGGAGAAAAACCUUUCGAAUGUACCGAUUGUGGCAAGUACUUCAGAGAGAAAUCAACCCUGAAUAUACAUCAAAGAACUCAUACAGGAGAGAAACCAUAUGUAUGCAAUGAGUGUGGCAAAGCCUUCAGAGAAAAGACAAAACUCAUUAUACAUCAGAGAACUCACACAGGAGAGAAACCCUAUGAAUGUUCAGAAUGUGGGAGAGCCUUUAACCAAAAGGCACACCUCAGUGUACAUCAGAGAACACACACAGGAGAGAAACCUUUUGAAUGCAAUGAAUGUGGCAAAGCUUUCAGAGAAAAGUCAACUCUGCGCAGACAUCAAAGAAUUCAUACAGGAGAAAAACCUUAUGUGUGUUCAGAAUGUGGAAGAGCCUUUACCCUUAAGCUAAGCCUCAGUGCUCACCAGAGAAUUCAUACAGGGGAAAAAACAGAUGGAUGUACUGUAUGUGGAAAAGUCUUCUCCCGGAAGUCAUACCUCAUGUUACAUCAGAGAGCUCAUACAAGAGAAAAAUUUGAAAAAUCAUAUGAAUGCAAUGAAUGUGAUAAAGCAUUCUUCCAGAAAUCAUAUCUCAUUAUUCAUCAGAGAGUUCACACAGGGGAGAAACCCUAUGAGUGUAAUAUAUGUGAGAAAUCUUUCUCCCAAAAAUCAUAUCUCAUUAUUCAUCAAAGAACCCAUACGGGAGAGAAACCAUAUCAAUGUGAUAAGUGUAGCAGAGCCUUCAGAGAAAAGUCCAAACUCACUGUGCAUCAAAGAAUUCACAUAAGAGAGAAACCCUAUGACUGCCCUGAAUUGGAAAGAAACUUUCCAGAGAUCAAAGUUCCUCAUAAAUUAGAGAACUCAGAGAUGAAAGAAAACAAAGAACUGAAAAUGGAAAAUGUGUCAUAGUAAAGUGAAAGAAAAAGGAACUGUAAAAAGUGAUGGGGAAAUUGUGCUGUAGCUAGGGUGCUUUUCUGAGCAUAUGACACUUGUGCUUAAAGAUCAGCACCAGCCAUAUUGGGAUAAGAGCAUUCUGUGCAAAAGAAAUAGGAAAAUCCUCUUUCUUAAAGAAAAAAACUUGGCCUCUGUACUUUUGCAUCUAUUGAAUUAUCAUUUCUCAUCAAAGAGAUUGUUCAAUGCCAAAAUCUUUUCAAGUCUUCAAUGUAUGAAAGCUGUCAGUUGAAAAACAAACCUCAUCAUAAUUGUGGGCAUAAGUGUAAAAAUAAUUCAAUUAAUUAAUUUAAAUAAGUAUAGUUCCUCAAAAGUGAAGUAAAGGAAAUCCGUAUGUUUCCAAAUUCAAUAUCAAACACUCAUAGAAAACAUAAAAAGAAAUUAUUAGAAAAAGUGGUUUGCCAAACAAUUUUAAGUUAAAGAUUUAAAUAUAACCAUUAAAGGAACAACAAAGAAUAUAUUACAAAAUUCCAAAUUAUUUUAAUUAUCAGAACAAUGUAAGAAGAUACUACUAGAGUAUCAAAUCCAGUGUUAAGCAGUAAUAACAGUUGAUAAUGCCAAUGUUUCUUUCCUAGCCUUAUCUGGGAAUACUAUAAGAUUCCAAGAAGGACUAUAAGCUGCCUAAUAGGCUUUAGAAGACAAGUUUUGGACACAAAUUCACUAGAGUUCAUUUAUGCUGCUUUUAAUGAAUACCUACCACAUUCAGACUUUUUUCAAUAGCCAGCAUGGUAGCACCUUUUAUGGUUUCCCAGAAAGAUGUGAAAUUUGGUUAUCUAUGGGGUUGGGGUGAAAUAAUGGAAAAUUCCAGUUGACAUUAAGGAAGAGGUCUUGAACUCUCCUUGCCAUGCAGUGACAACUAGCUGUUUUAAUGAUCAACUAACUGUUUAUUUCUGAUGAACACUGAAAGCAAGGCUUUGGGUAACUGAGCCCUGACCAUGGACUACAAACAACAUGAGCAACUACUUCAUGAGAAUAGCUACUUCCAAUGUGACUGCCCAAUGAAAUGAGAGCUAAUGGCUGUGUUCCAGACAUAGCAUGAAACCAAGGCAUUCUGUAAAAAGAAAUUAUUACUUUGUGUGUCCUUUGAAUCCUUUGCCUAAAUUCCAAGUCUGUCAUUUUCAACUUUAGAUUUAGAUCAUGAAAAAUAUAACAGGAGGUUGGGGCUUAGAAUGGUAGUAUGUUAGAGUAUGUGAAAGAAUGUGAAUAUUUUAAACUCGUAGUUCACACUAUGUAAGCUCUAUUUAAUUUAAUUCUCCCCUGAAGAGACUGCAAAUGUCUUAAAUAAAGACCCCAUAGUGACCUAAUCUGAAAAUGAUGCUUUUAAAGAUAAGACAUCUUUCAUAUCCUUAUACCAACCCCCUCUCUCUCCAAAUCUGUUGCUGGUUUUCUUUUGAGGCAGGGUCUUACUAUGUAGACCAGGCUGGCCUUAAGUUUGUGAUGUUCUGCCUUUGCCACCUGAGUGCUGGUAUGACAAGCAUGUAUCACCACAUGCAUAUUUUUAAGAAUUUUAUGCCAAGCACUAUAUGUGUUUUCCAAAUAUCAGUUCA